AUGUUGCGAUGCAGGUGUCUAUUCGUCCGCCCUCAACGUGCUUGGUUAAGUUCGCUUCCGACUUCCUCUUCCGAGGGUCAGAAAGCCACCAACAUUAAACCUGAGGAAGCUGAGCUAGAUCCUGUAAAGUCAUUCACGAUGUUUGGUAAUCCUAAACGAAGUGUAUUUCAUUAUACAGACAGAAAGAGCGGCACUGGAUACUCGGACUUUUCAACAACAGUCUAUCAACAUCGGCCUUAUAUAUGGCCACCUCUGCGGAAACUGUUCAAUUUCAAUUUUAUGCUUGCAUGUACUGGAUUGAUGUUAUUGUCGCUUGAUUACGAAUGGAUUAUCGAACAGUUCAACUCAUCGGCAAAAGGUUUGAAGCCACAGGCAUCCCAGUUCAAGGAAGAGGAACACGAUGUUUACAGCGAAUCGACGAAUCCGGUACCAUAA